AUGGCAACAACUCCGCAGCCCCCUCCAUUCAACAAUGAAAAUGCUUUUAAGGAGCUCACCCGUAUCAUCAAAGAUGGGUUUAAAAGCUUAGAGCAGAUGAUCAGUCAGCUCGAUUCGAAUGAGCAUGCUGAACGUGACAAUAAGGCUACGGACUCGAAAGCUGAGCCAUCUGAGGUUACUGACCAAAUGGAUAUGGCUGAGCUAUCGAAUAUUGCGAUUUCACACGUACACGAACAGCCUAAACCCUUCCGCUUCAAUGAGCUACCGCUCGAGUUGCGUUUAGAAAUCUGGAAGAUGGCGAUGCCAAGCAAGCGCAUUUUUGAACCGUGGGUUAUGCUCCGGCAACCACAUGCUCGAUACCAGCUCAACCCGGAAGAUCCACCGCUUGUGAAGCUGAAAAGGAAACACCCACCGCCUGCGUUGCGGGCUGUAUGUCAUGAGUGUCGGCGGGCCAGCGACAUGGUCGGUGGCUUCAAGUUCGGGCGUGCAGGUAAUAGACGCCAAGGGUGCUGGUUUAAUUACUACAAUGAUAUUGUUUUUAUCGACCCCAAUAUGAUGGAUAAUGUGCAUCACAUGGACCUGAGAUGUGUGAGCACUCUAGGGUUUGUCCACUUAGAAUUCAAGACCGAGUAG